AUGCCACGAAGAGUCAGAGGUCAUCGUGGGUAUGGCUUUGCAAUUUUUAAAAAUAAAGAUUACGAAAAACGAGCUCUGAUGCUGGCCGGCCAUGUGUUGACUGGUCCAAGAGGCGAGACCCCACAGAAAAUAGAUGUUAAGCCAGCCUACAAGCAAAUAUUCCAUAAUGAUGCAAAACCCAAGUGGUUCUGCUUAUAUAGAAGUGUGAACAAUUUACUUAAAAGCCUGAGUAUAACGCGAGAUUUUCACAAUAUGAUGAAAGCAAGUAAUUAUGGAGUAUUCAAGACCGGUCCAGCGACUUCACAUACCCGAGAGCACCACCUAGGCCACAGCUGUACAAAAUCUUAUAAACCUCAACGUGUUCUUAGACUCGGAAUUGCGAAGGCUCUAAUUGUUGUUCAAGUCAUAUUUAACAGAAUAGUGGUGCUGGUGUUCAUCUUAAGUAUCGCCUCUCUGGUCAUCUACUUCAUCGAUGCAUCAAAGGACGGCGUGGAGCACUGUCAGCCCUGGAGCGUCAACACAACACAACAAAUAGACUUAGCCUUUAAUAUAUUUUUUAUGGUCUACUUUUUUAUACGUUUUAUAGCGGCAAGUGAUAAGCUGUGGUUCAUGCUGGAGAUGUACUCCUUCGUAGACUACUUCACCAUCCCCCCAUCCUUCGUCAGUAUAUAUCUGGACAGAACUUGGAUAGGGUUGCGGUUCCUACGAGCCCUGCGCCUCAUGUCAGUGCCAGAUAUCCUGCAGUACCUGAACGUCCUCAAGACAUCAUCCAGCAUAAGGCUGGCACAACUAUGUUCUAUCUUCAUUGCGGUCUGGCUCACGGGCGCCGGUAUCAUCCAUCUGGUAACAUCUCUCAUCCUUUCUAAAAAAUAUAUGAUGUAUUUUAGUUUAACAGUUACUGGCUGUAUUUGGUCUAAAUGGUGUUCAUUAAAUGAAACGGUAACCAUUUAAAGUAAACCUUACAAA